CAUCGUUUCUCUGGGUGGGCAACAAGUGAGCGAGGCGACAGCGGAGCAGGUCGAGCGCUUGCGUCAGAGCUAGCGAUACACAGAAGGAGGCCAACCCCCCUCUUCCCUUGAAUUUUCUUCUACAACUACAGAUCGACAUCAUGCAGCAGGAGCGUGAGAGCGCGGAGUUGUGCCUGAACGGCUGUGGUUUCUUUGGCGCGCCAGGCAGUGGCGGCAUGUGCAGCGUAUGCUGGAAGAAGACCAUGUCAGACCGCCAGGCUGCUUCUGUUGCGUCUCCUCGCGCGGCCGAGCAGAAAGUAAUCGAGGCGGCACCGCUGGAAACGCUGACGGCUGCCAUUGCCGAACCUGCGGACAACAAUAGCGCGGUGCUUAUCGAGGAGACGGCCGAGAAGCCGGCGGAGAAGCUAGAACAGAAGAACAAGAAGCGCUGCUGGGAGUGCAAGAAGAAGGUUGGACUCACGGCGAUCGAGUGCCGCUGCGGCUAUGUGUUCUGCACCAGCCACCGGUUCGAGGACCAGCACAGCUGCAGCUUUGAUUUUAAGUCGGCAGACCGCGCUGAGCUGGCUCGCCGUAACCCUGGCGGUGGCGAGUUCAGCAAGCUGGAGAAGCUGUACCAAACGCGGCUGAAGACGAAGGACGAAGGAGAACGCGCCGGGACGGCAGUGAGCGGCGGUAGCGCGUUGGUGGAUGUAAUAUUAGGACGAAGGCUGAGAAUCAGCCAGCGAGCAGAGCGCCGUGGCCACAGAGACUCCCAGAAAACCGCUUAG